UAGUCAGUGGUGUGUGUCAUGUGUGGAAGCUGUUAAAAGAGUUUCUUUCUUCUUCCCCAUGGCUUCUCUUCUUCCCUUCUCUCUCCCAAAACCAAACGUAAUAAGGGCCACUUCAUCUCCUGCAACCACCCUUUCCGUACCAGAGACUCUUGAUGAGAAAUUUGGCCGGAAAGGCAUCAAGUUCUUGGAGUCCAACAAUGUUCCAUUUGUGGAGCUGACAGUUCGAAAUGGCAGCUCCACAAGGCUUCGAAUACCCGAUGCCCAUGUCACUUCAUACAAGCCCAAAGUCUACUGGAAAGAUGAUGGCUUUGAGGAGGUUUUAUAUACAAUUCCAGCCGGAGGAGCAGAUUCUACCAAAGCCAAGGGUGGGAUAGGCUUGGUCAUCAAUGAUCUUUCGGACCCUGGUUCUAAAGGGAAACCACUUCUCUCAACUUCUGAAUGGACUGUAAAAGAUGUUGAUUCCGAUGCAAUUGAUGCUCUUCAGGUUGAGUUGAGCUGUACUUGUGGAACACUUGAUAUUACUUAUGUUGUCUCACUGUAUCCACUAAGCAUGGCAACAGCUGUUAUUGUGAAGAACAAUGGGCGCAAGGCAGUGACUUUAACCAAUGCUAUACUGAGCCAUUUCAGAUUUAAAAAACGAAGUGGAGCAGCCAUUCAAGGUCUUCAAACCUGUUCUUACUGCUCACACCCUCCUCUGUCUUCCCCUUUUGAAAUUUUAUCACCUGCUGAAGCAAUGAAAACUGAAUCUCCCGGAUGGUUCUCUUUUGGCUCUGAGGCUGAAGAUAAACCGGGGUCUUGGACUCAACAAGAUGUGCCUUUCACCAUUUUGAAAAACAAGCUCAGCCGAGUUUAUGCUGCCCCUCCUGAAGAGAGAUUGAAGGCAUUUUAUAACACCCCACCUUCAAAAUAUGAAACACUUGAUCAGGGACGUGAGCUGUUCUUCAGGGUGAUACGGAUGGGUUUUGAAGACAUAUAUUUGUCCAGCCCAGGUUCCUUGUCAGAGAAGUAUGGGAAGGAAUACUUCAUCUGCACUGGCCCUGCUUCAAUGCUAGUGCCUGUGAUUGUGAAACCCGGUGAAGAUUGGAGGGGGGCACAGGUUAUUGAGCAUGAUAAUUUGUAAUACCAACUUUCAAAGAAUUUUGAGCAGUUUUCCUUUACAAAAAUUCCCUUGCUAAUUGCAAAGUUGUAUCCAAACCCAACUAAGUUCCUCACUUCGAUCUUGUGCUUGUAAAUACCAAGUUAAGGUUCUGUGCUGAUUGUAUAAUAUGGGAAAUAAACUUGGAGAAGGCACUACUACAUUGAUCAAUUUAUAGAAUGCUUUAAAUGUAAAUUAGUUUUUGUUGGUCAAAUAGCCCCCCCUUCAAAUCCACUCUUGUAUAAGAGGUACUUGAUGAAAAUCAAUAAGAGGGCGAGGUGAUCCCUCACAUUUACAGUUCA